AUGGCUUUGAUGGUGACUGCUCCUCCGUCGCGUUUCAGGCCGCCUCCAGAUCCGCCGCUGCGUAAGUCUCCUCCGCUUGAAGCUCCCUCUGCCAUCGAUCCACCGGAACCGCCAGAUCCUCCUGACGUUUCCUUUGUCCUCACUCUUCCUCGAAGCCCCAUCUCCUCCUCUGAUCCGUCUCUCCAAGCUCUUACCCGAAUCUUAGAUCUAAAGCUUCCUCUUCCAUGGAUGGUGUCUAAGAUUAGUGGUGGUGGUGUUCCGCUUGUGUCUACCGGUGAUAGUACUUUCGUCUACAGGUGGUUGCUCUGUGCGGGUUUCCAGGUUCACUUCCGCUCGUUAAUUUCCGAUUUCUGCUCUUCUGUUGAAUGGGAUACAAAGCUAUUUGUCUGUGUGAGUUUGGAAUUGAGGACCAUAGCUUUAGCCGAUGAUGUACUUAUGGACUUAACUUCUGUUGGUUCUACCGUUGUGCUCUUUGGUGGUCCUUUUGUCGCCUCAGUGCGAUCUCUUAAUGCUGUGUGCAGUUCUCUUACUGUUGUGUGCAGUCUUACUGUUUUGAAAGAGAAAUUCAUUGGUAAAAUUAGCUGGAUGAAUAUGAUUAUGGCGGGUUCAGAUUAUCCGUUUGUCUCAUGUUUAGAGCAGUCUCUUUUCCCAAUAUUUCUUCAUGCAUGGAGUGAAUUGGAUGAACAAGCGUCGUUGGUAUUGCAAGGAUCUUCCUUCCAGAGAGUGCUCUCCUCUGCGUUUGGUACACUCUUUGGUUUGUUUGGUUCGAUGUAG